CCUCAGACCCACCAGAUGGACCGGCUGUGUGUCGCUCUGAUUACAUUCUUAUGUGCUGUGUCCUCCAGUCAGGAUGGGAUCUCUGCAGCAGAGGUGGAGCUGAGAGUCAGACCAGGAGACAACAUCACUCUCUACUGUGACUGUAUCAUGACUACUGGAGUUUAUAUUACGUGGUAUAGGAACUGUUCUCACAAGUACCAGCCUCCUCUAGUUAUUUCAACGUAUUACUUUCACCAAAAUCUUCAGGACAUUUCUGAUAAUCCCAACCCUUUCACUGGAUAUAAUUUGGUGUGGAACCCCUCUAACAACUCCUAUGAUCUACUGAUUGAGAACAUCACUGAGUCUGACCUGGGACUCUACUACUGUGGGACGAAGGAGAACAAGGUCGUGGAUGUUGGAGGUAAAGGAGGAAUUAAAUAUAAAGAGUUGUACCACUAUGGAAACAUCACCACUCGGAUUUCACUUGACGUCAGUCCUCCUGAGUCCUCCUCCUCCUCCCCUGAUGUGGACUGUGGUCUGUGUUGGAUGUUGCUGUUCAGUCUGUGUCCUGUGUCUGCUCUCCUCUCCUCUCUCCUCUCCUCCACCUGUGUCUACUCCUUCUGCAGAACAACAGCUCCAACUGAGACUCAGGUUCCUCUGAACAGGACGACCAGCAGGGGAAGUGACAGCAGAGAGCAGACUACAGUCAGAGAGGAAGGAGACCUGUUUUACGCCUCGUUGGAUAUCCGUCAGGGACAGAAGAGACCAAAGAAGAAGAAGACAACCAAGAACUCUGACUUCAGUACCUACUCAGACAUCAAUACCAGCAGAGUGUGAGACAUAUACAAGCUAUCAAUACCAGCAGUGUGAGACCUAUAAAGCUAUCAAUACCAGCAGAGUGUGAGACAUAUACAAGCUAUCAAUACCAGCAGAAUGAGACCUAUACCAGCUAUUAAGAAAAAUACCAGCUAUCAAUACCAGCAGUGUGAGAUCUAUACCAGACAUCAACACCAGCAGAGUGAUACCUAUACAAGUCAUCAAUACCAGCAGAGUGAGACCUAUACCAGCUAUCAAUACCAGCAGAGUGAGACCUACACCAGCCAUCAAUACCAUCAGAGUGAGACCUAUACCAGUCAUCAAUACCAUCAAAGUGUGAGACCUUUUCCAUCCAUCAAUACCAGCAGAGUGAGACCUAUACCAGCCAUCAAUACCAUCAGAGUGAGACCUAUACCAGCCAUCAAUACCAUCAAAGUGUGAGACCUAUACCAGCCAUCAAUACCAGCAGAGUGAGACCUAUACCAUCCAUCAAUACCAGCAGAGUGAGACCUAUACAAGCCAUCAAUACCAGCAGAGUGAGACCUGUACCAGCCAUCAAUACCAUCAGAGUGAGACCUAUACCAGCCAUCAAUACCAUCAGAAUGAAACCAAUACCAUUAUUGAUCAGGGAGGACAAGGUCUUACAGCUGUGAUCGUAUCAGUUAUUAAACCAAUACCAUUAUUGAUCAGGGAGGACAAGGUCUUACAGCUGUGAUCGUCUCAGUUAUUAAACCAAUACCAUUAUUGAUCAGGGAGGACAAGGUCUUACAGCUGUGAUCGUAUCAGUUAUUAAACCAAUACCAUUAUUGAUCAGGGAGGACAAGGUCUUACAGCUGUGAUCGUAUAAGUUAUUACACCAAUACCAUUAUUGAUCAGGGAGGACAAGGUCUUACAGCUGUGAUCUUAUCAAUUAUUAUGUUUUUGUACUUGUAACUUUUUAACUUUCGUUUUCUUUCAUUCACGCAAUUUACCUUUUAAUAAUAAUAACAAUAGUUGUUUUAAAAUGUUGUUUUUCAGCUCAGGGAAUAUAUUUCAAUAUCUUUUGAUAUAGUUUCAGUUUUGAA